UCGCGUCUACUUCCCUCUACAAUCCAUGCCUGACGGUCAACCCAGUAUCACUGCGCUGUCGAGAUCAUGACAGAACCGGAGCUAGAUCUGUCGCAUAUCCACUGGUCGUCACCCGAAUGGAUAUAUCAUCUUCCAACCCGGACACUUUCAAACCCUGAUGAGGCCCUGGACUAUUUUGCAUUGUCCCCGUUCUGGGAUGUCAAGUCGAACAAUCACGCAUUACGGACUCAAAGAAGAGUGUUUGAUCCCUUAUAUGGCGCUGCUCAGGAGCGACUUGACCUCCCGUCCUUCCGUGGAGGCUUCGAAUACGUCGUUUCUCACAGUCGAGCUCCAUCCUUAUACCUCAUACAAAGACGUGAAGUUCAAUCUGAUGGUUCAAGAGUGGACAUCAAUGGGAUGUUCUUCAUCCUCGAUGGCAAAGUCUACUUGGCACCGUCACUGUUCGAUGUUAUCAAUACCCGCUUAAAAAACGCCAAUCACCUCCUCGUCGAAGCUUUUGCUUCGUUAUCAGCCUCCCGCCCUCCUGCCAAUCCUCGAAUACCCUCUUCUUGGCGAUCAUUACCCCCGCCCACAGCAUCAACGUCAACGGCCGGUCGACUCUCUAUCCCCCUUACACCCAUGUUGGUUCGGCAAGAUUCAAUGGAAGCGACUGCUUCCGUGACACCUAAUAAUGCUGCUACUGCCGACGACCCUAGUUUGGACGAAGGUCAAUCAGAUCUACUGCUGUAUAAUGCGCUGCAGGCCAGUCGCUCAAAGUUGGAGCAGUUAGGAAAGCAGGCACGACAAGCACAGAACCCGUCACCGGAAAACCCGGGAAGAAAGCUGGUAUAGAUGCCUCCUGCGAUGAACGACAAGGGUGCUCGAUAUCAGUCGGCGCCAGAGAAUGCCGCCUUGAUGAUGCCCCAAACUGCGGUCAUCGGUAGCCGUGGAGGCUCCGGGCUUUCAAAUGGUAGAGAUGGCUCUGCAGUCGACCGACGCAGGAUAUCGUAGUCGAUGCACCCUGAGGGUCACUGAGUGAUGCAUAUGCAUAGCGUUAUUGAUGACCUGUACCUCAACCUGGUGUAG